UUACAGAUGUUCAUGAAAGUGUAUUGGGUCCCGCUACAGAAAUAAUCAUGAAACCGCAGAAGCRGCGCGAAGCAUGUCGGUCCUGGCAGCAUUUAUUAAAAGAGAGCUGAAGGGAAUAUGGAAUUUAUUAGUAUAUGUCAAGCAGCGCUGCAAAGAUGGCUGCAAACGAAGCAGAAAAUCGUCGAYCAGCUCCAAGCUCAAAUCUCAGUCAGCGCAUUGUUGAUUUUUCUGGCUACACAACUUUCCAUGGAGCUCACUUUGUCGUCGGACCUGAAAGAGGGAUUUUUCGUCGUGUGUUCUGGUUUCUCUUGAUCCUAACUGGUUUGGGAUUCUUGGGAAGGCAACUGAUAAAAAGUUAUCAGAAACUUCAAGCGAAUGAUCAUGUUAUGACAAGGAAGAUUAUUCCUGCCGAAAAAGAACUAGUCUUCCCAGCCGUUACCAUAUGUAAUGUGAACAUGAUGAAAAAGGUGGAUAUUCAAGGCACAGAUGCACAGGCUUAUCUUGACCAACUGAACGUCUUCAUGAWAAAGUAUUACGAAAAAGGAGGAUUUGGAAACAAGACGAUUAGCAGCUCCUUUGAUAUCGAGAAAGCUGUUCUGCAGUAUGGACACACUGCUAGUGMUAUGRUAUUGGUYUGUACUUGGGACGGGAAAUUAUGCAAUCCCCUUAACUUCACCACAAGAUUCUCACAAAUUUAUGGACUUUGUCAUACGUUCAAUUCUGGACGAGAUGGUCAUCCCCUUCUCUCCUCAAGUUCUGCUAAACGAAACCGUGGUCUUCACUUAUUGCUUGAUGUCAAUAAAGCUAAUUAUUAUGGCAUGACGAGCUACUUCAAUACAGGAAUACGAAUGGUGAUCCAUCAUCAAGAUGAGGAACCCAUGGUAGAGGCUGAUGGGAUUGAUGUGAUGCCGGGUCACAUGACAACAAUGAAAAUCCAAAGAACAGAAUACAACAGUCUUGAGCCUCCACACGGGUCGGCCUGUGGCACAAAAGAUCUCAAGACUUCCAAUGCUUACACGCAAAGCACGUGUCUUUUGGAAUGUAACACUCGUAGGGUCAUCAAACAGUGUGCUUGCAGACUGCUAGGAAUGCCUGACUUACCAGAAUUGAAUGGUACAAAGUAUUGCAACCCAAAGGAAAUAACGUCUUGCUUAUUCACAAAUCUGACAACUAUGAGCCGUGRUGACCUUCCAGAGACCGUUUUGGUGAAAUACUUCAUAAAAUACGACGGUCAGCCAAGUGACAAUCCUGGAGCCAAGUGUGGAUGUCCUAAACCUUGCAAGCAAUUCCCAUACAAAAUUACACAGCUUAACACAGUGGUGCUCAUGUCUGAUUCAUUUUUCGAUGACUAUCUAGCAGCUUAUGCUGUUAUUGAUGUAUUUGCGAAAGCCGCUACAAAUUGGUUUAGAAGACGUUUGAGGGAAGAUUAUAUUUAUUUGAUCAUAUAUUAUGAUGAUCUCAACACACUGAAAACCUCUGAAAAAUUGGCUUACGACUUUACUGACUUUGGAUCUGAUGUUGGUGGCUAUCUUGGUCUGUUUUUGGGAUGCAGUGUCCUGACAGUCUUCGAAAUAUUUGAUUUCAUCGUAUGCUAUUGCUUUGGCAGACGGAGAGCUAGGUCCGAAAUGGAGCAAGUCAGAGAGGCAAAUGAAAGAAGUCAUUUUGUUUAAAGUCCGACAAUCAGCACUGGACGGGGUUUCAAUUCCUCCGAAUUAGUUAACUAAUUGAUGGUUUUCAACCAUUGCCAGGAGUGACAGUUAAACAAAAGAUGUCCGCCAUUGCAGACCUGACAAAAGAAAACCACCACCGUGACUGGUGGACCUUUUUGUUUUGCUCACUCUCAUGGGAAUGAUUGAAAACCAUCAAUUGCAAGGAGUUGAAAUCCCGCCCAGUCCGAAUAGACUUAUGAACCUUUUACGUCACUACUUGAUUUUCAAUGCAUUGUGGGAUCAGUUUCAAGAGAAAACAAA